AGGCGCUGUUGCGCCGCAACCCGCCAUGUCGGACAAGAUGGCGGCGGCCGCGGCCUCCCCUCAGCAGCAACCGGGUCCCGGCCCGCCGGCGGCGGACGCGGAGGGAGGAGGUUCCCGCGGCGGUGGGGUGGAUGGGGAGGCCGAAGCGGAGGAGUUCGGGUGCCCCGCUCAUUGCUCCGACUUGGCGUGGCGGCAGAACGAGCAGCGCCGCCACGGCCUGUACUGCGACAUCACCCUGGCGUUCGGCGGCGGGCGGCCCGGGCCGGCCCGCGAGUACCGGGCGCACCGCUCCGUCCUGGCCGCCGCCACCGAGUACUUCACGCCGCUGCUCUCGGGGGGAUUCGCGGAGUCGCGCUCGGGCCGUGUGGAGCUGCAGAAGUGGAGCUCGGAGGGCGGCCCCGACCCCGACACGGUGGAGGCCGUUAUCGGCUUCAUGUACACGGGCACCAUCCGCGUCAGCCCCGGGAACGUCCAUGAGGUGCUGGAGAUGGCGGACAGGUUUCUGCUGACCCGGUUGAAAGAGUUCUGUGGGGAGUUUCUGAAGAAGAAGCUCAACCUCUCCAACUGUGUCGCGGUUCACAGCUUAGCCCACAUGUACUCCUUGAAUCAGCUGGCGCUCAAAGCUCAGGACAUGAUCAGGAGGAACUUCCACAAAGUUAUCCAAGAUGAGGAGUUCUACACUUUACCUUUUCACCUCAUCAGGGACUGGCUCUCGGACUCGGAGAUCACAGUGGACUCUGAAGAAAUCCUCUUUGAGACCGUUUUGAAGUGGGUUCAGAAAAACCCUGAGGAAAGAGAGAGGUACUUUGAAGAUCUCUUUAAACUGCUUAGAUUGUCUCAAAUGAAACCCACUUACCUUACUCGCCACGUCAAAUCUGAGAGGCUGGUGUCGAGCAACGAAGCCUGUGUUAAAUUAGUGUCUGAAGCCGUGGAGAGUCACGCCUUGCGGUCUGAGAACUUGCAGUCUGGUAAUCUACAACAUUCCGCUUGUCCUGUAGCGUUGCUGCCGCGUUUCGGACAAAACAUGGAUGUCAUUAUGGUGAUCGGUGGCGUGUCGGAGGGAGGAGAUUACUUGAGUGAGUGCGUAGGGUAUUUCAUCGAUGAGGAUAGGUGGGUAAACUUGCCGCACAUACACAAUCAUCUUGACGGACAUGCUGUUGCUGUGACGGAAUCUUAUGUUUAUGUGGCUGGCUCCAUGGAACCAGGAUUUGCCAAGACUGUCGAAAGGUACAAUCCAAACAGAAACAUUUGGGAGCAAGUCUCAAAUCUAAUAACUAGAAAACAUUCUUUUGGCCUUACUGAAGUGAAAGGAAACUUGUACAGUAUUGGCGGACAUGGCAAUUUCAGUCCUGGCUUUAAAGAUGUGGCCAUUUAUAAUCCCGAACAAGACAAAUGGCUGAACCUGGAGUCAGCACCAAAGAUCCUUCGUGAUGUCAAAGCUGUUUCUGUAGAAGACCGGUUCGUUUACGUCGCUGCUCGUACCCCAGUUGACAGUGAUAGUGAAGACGGAUUGAGGGCGGUUAUUAUCAGAUACGAUGCUGAAACAAGGCAGUGGCAGGAUGUGGAGUCUCUGCCGCUCAUUGAUAAUUAUUGCUCUUUUCAGAUGUCGGUUGCUAACACAAAUUUUUACCAUACGGCAUCGUGCUGCCCCAAGAGUUACCCUAUAGAUAAUGAGGAAGCCAAGGUAAAGAUCUCUGGCAGGGCCUCAGACGAAAUCCUGGAGAGCUUACCCCCAGAGGUUCUUAGCAUUGAAGGAGCAGCUAUUUGCUAUUAUAAAGAUGAUGUUUUCAUCAUUGGGGGGUGGAAAAACAGCGACGAUAUUGACAAACAGUACAGGAAGGAGGCUUAUCGUUACUGCGCGGAGAGAAAGCGCUGGAUGCUUUUGCCUCCUAUGCCCCAGCCUCGCUGUAGAGCAACAGCCUGCCACGUGAGAAUCCCCUUCAGGUGCUUGCAGGGGACACAGAGAUACCCUAUGCCACAAAACUUAAUGUGGCAAAAAGACAGAAUAAGGCAAAUGCAGGAAAGGCAGAUGCAGGAAAUACACCGGCACUCCCUGAGCUUACGGCGACUGCCGCGCUCGCAGAUUGAGUGCUAGUUUCUGGAAUAUCACUCCUCCUGAUGAGGCUAGGAAAUACCGUGCUAAACCGUUUUGUUAGGCUUCAUAUGUCUUUAUAAGAUGCAUAAAACCAGCAUCUUCUGUGUAUUGAAAACUAAGAAGCUCAGAAAUUGAGGGUGGAUGGGAAUUGAGAAGCUAAUGUGAAUCCAACGGUGUUACUAAAUGGUGCCCAGGGUGAAAGUGUGGCCUGUAGUGGGCUGUGAAAUAUCUCCAGGAACAUAAAGUCUGUUACUUGUCUCUUCAGAUCUUUGUUUUCAAGGAUUUCUGUAGAGUCAGUCUCCAGCAGUUCUAUUUUGAAAAUCAAAGAUCUCAAUCAUUUAGCGGUUACAUUUGUGUGUGCUUGAAAGCACGGUUUUUAUUUGCACUUACAUAUUGACAUUCCUUUCAUUCUCUCCUCAGUGACUAAACUUAACAUAUAUUUGGUGUUAGUGUACUCAGCUUUCCCGAGUUGGAGGCAAGUUCAAUAGUUACAACUGUGUAUGAAAACAAAAGCACAAUCUUCCUUUAUAAAAUUACUUCGGGCUGUUUCUGUGUAUUCUGCAUGUUUUGUACCUGGGUGUUCUAGCAAGGUUGCAGAGUUUGUUUAUGAGCGGAUGGCUGGUAGAACAUCACACUUGCUGAAACAGAGAACUCGAGGGCAGUGGAUUUUUUUCAUGCGUAUCUGCGGAUGCUUUGGGUUUGUUUGACAGCUUCACCAGAAACCUGGGUGAACAAUCAGCUUGCUAAAAGGACUGAAAACCAACGAAGUAGCCACCUGCCGACAUUGACAAUUCAUUUCUGUCGGUGUGGGUUAGUACGAAUGAGAUUAUUUCCCAGUAAGGGGUUGAAACCUGAGCUACUUGUAGAUCCUUUCUCAAACGUUGCGUGCAUUUUAACUCUAGUGAAAAAGUGAUGAGAAGAGCCCCAGCCUGUCUUUGACAAUCAGUACCCUUUGCCUUUAGUGGUCUUUCCCCAGAGACUCACAGUAGCUGUGCCGCAGCGCUCCUUAACAAAUAGGCACUUGGUGUUCCUCUCGAAGCCAGAUAGUUGAGCUCUCAUAGUCUCUAAAUAUGUUACUUCCCCGCUGGCUGUGGCGGUGAGAUCUAAGCUGACUUCGAUAUCUCCUCCCGUGGAACAGAAUGUGGAAUAUUUCCUUUAGAGUCUCAGCGGCUCGCGGUUCACUGUCCCACUGAACACUGCUCCUCCAUGGCCUGAAGAGCUCCAGGACGCUUUAGGUUACUAGCGGAUCCUUCCUACCUCCUUUUCUUCCCCAUCCUUCCCUUCAUUUGAAUGUUCCAGGUUUUCACAUGCAGCCUAACUCAGGAUCAUAGGGGAGUAACCAGGGUGUUCCUAAAAUCGCGUAGACAAACAUUGGAGAAUCUGUUUACUGUCUCCGGCUCGUAUGAUGAUUUGCUGAUGGUUUUGAUAUGGACAACUUCCUUGCAAAAGAACUUCUAAACAGUUUGGUGUUUUGUUUUGUUUUUUAAUUGUUUAGCUUUCUGAGCUGAUACUUCUCAUUUUCCAGUUCAGCAGGCACCCUAGAUCAUAUCUGAAACACUGGGUAAGUCUUUCAACCACGUGGCGUGUAAAGGUUUCUCUUACGCGUAUGUCCAUUAAUGCUCCACUUUGCAGUUCACUUGCCACUUUUGAUAUCAAUAACUUGCCUUUUUGUAAUAGAAUAAUCCUGGUUUAAAAAAAAUAUGGUAACAGUUUAGUCCCAGUUUACUCAUCUAUGGUAACUGUUGUAUUUCAUUUGCGUGUUGAAUGGGCAGAUUAACCUGUACGAUACAAGCGAGGAAGUAGGCUAAGCUUGUUCAGGUUUAAGGCUGAUGUUCAGAAGUGACUGUUAGAAAUGAGCUCACGCAGGCCUGUAAGCGAGGGCUUCAUCAGCGGAGCUCGGCCGUGAACUCCCAGUUUUGGCUGGAGUGGUUCAAGAAUCACUGCCCCUGCAGCGGAGUUUGUCAAUACGAGUGCUGAAAAUGUCCCCCAGCUUUUGUACUAGACCCAUGGAUUUAACUUAAAUUUCUAGGAGCUGAUUUUAAGAUAUUUUACCAGACUUUGCACUGAAGCAACUGAGAAGGGUGUACGUACCCCAUCCCGCUGACAGGCAGCUGAAGGAUGGAGUGUGACACCACGACUCUGCCAAAGCCCUUUUGUCUGUCAACAAAUACAGAUAAUUCGUAGGCAGAAAUACAAGAUUUAGUAUUUCAGCUGGAAUAUGAACUAAACAGUUUAAUGUGUGGCAGCAUGCAACAAAGUCAGAUGCAAGAACAAGCUUCUCGCAGGCUUUCAAAGUCCAUAUUGCACAUAGUUUACUGAAAACAUUCCACUCGCAGACAAUGUCAAAACAGCUGAGUGUCUGGCCAGCUUGUCUCGUGAAUGCCAGCGCUGACUGUAUGUGAUGCACUGUAUCUCCAUAUGUUCUGUUUGCAUGGUGAGUGAUGGGCACUGUGAACUUGCUCUAACCUUUGCUAUGCCGAUUCUGUGGAAUUUUCAAGUAGUUGGGGUUUGUUUUUUUAGCCUUGACUUCAAGUGGACCAACUGCAUUGCACAUGGUUUUUAACUGACAAGUCUUAACUAUCCGUUGUACCACAUGUAGGUGUUUGGAACAAUUGCGUUAUUGAGUCUGGCUGUAAGUUUAGCCCACUAACCUGUGAAUCGCAUCACAGAUUCCUCGUGGCCCUUGGCUGCCGUGGCUUGCUGGGUGUGCAUAAACUGGCCCUAUAAAGGAAAGACUGGGAAUUCUUUCCGUGGGGUUGGAGUGGCGAGUUAAACGUCAGUAAAUCCUGGUGUGUAUUCAGUAUUAGGAGGCUGACUUUGGCCUUCCUAAUGUAAAAGAACAUCGGGUGGAGUUUUUCCUCCUCCUUACGACAAUCAUACGUCUCUACCUGUACUGAAUACGUGCCACAAAAUGCAUGUUCCAUGUCCUGUCUCUCUGCUCAAAAUAUUAGUGGGGUAGGUAGGACACAUCCUCCCAAGCACUCAGCAGUCAUCGUAGUAACUUCUAGGUGCCAUAUGUGUACAUAAUAUUUUAUAACUACGUGAAUACUCUGUUAGUAUGCUGGGUUUGUAUGUAUUUUUAAUAAGACUCUCUUGCACAUAGUAGGGUACCACUCCAGAAAUGAAGAAAACAUGCCAGCUUUUUAGCAUGCAUUGGGAAUAACUAUGCCAAGUAUUCUGCUGUGCUAUUUCAGUAUCGUUUUUCUUCAUUACAGUAAGUGUUAAAAUCGGAGCUAUUGGCUCAACUUGUUUGUCACCAAAUAGUCUUAUUGCUACUGACAAACUUGAGUCAUGGAGAGUUGCAACUCUUUAGGUUAUUUUUAACACAGCCUUGUAAUAGUAUGUUGUAACAUUCAAUGGGCUUUCAAAAAAGCAAGCUUAAAAUAAGUGGUUUAUGGCUUAGAUUUACUUUCAGCUGUGUCCACAUUCCAUGAGGGUAUAAAUGAUAUCUCUAAUUCGACAGUCCUGAGGGGAAGGCUGAUAAAACAAGUGCUCCUGAGGAUCUAUUCCUGUUACUAAUAUGAAUGUGAAGUGUGGAACUAAGGAGAUGUUUGAAGACCAUUAAUAGCCAGAUGCUCCCCGUAGGUGCGAGUCGCUGUGGAUCACGGCAGCUCUGGUCUCCUGGCGCUGUUAAUGUAACUUCAGCAGCUUUGCUUGGGGAAGCAGCAUCCUGUACUUACUUCCAGUAAGGUAAAGUAGUGUGUGUGUAUAGGCUGUUCGGAACAAAUCCUACUGUAAUGUUCUUUAUCUUAAAUACACUGUACUAAAGUUUAUUGUAAUAAGUGAAUUAAAUAAAAUAAACCUUUUAUUUCUCUAGCA